AUGAACAAUAACAGAGCUGCAGGAUAUGAUGGAGUCCCAGGGGAACUACUCAAAUACGCUCCCAACAGUCUAGCGAGCUUUUUCGCACAGAUACUGAACAAGGCGUUUGCCCAACACUGCUUACUUCCAAUCGGGACAGGAAUAAUAAUACCCGUCCAGAAACCGGGCAAACGACGGGGACCCUGUGGAAGCCUGAGGCCGGUUGUAUUAGUCACCUCUCUAAGGAAAACUCUAUCGACUAUUGUUCGAAGCCGAAUAUCAAGAUCAGUUGAUCGUUAUCUCUCUUGCAGUCAGAGUGGCUUCAGGCCUGGAAGAUCCACGGCCGAUAUUGUUUGGACCCAUCGCUGGAUCAAUGCAAUAUGUCAAAAGUAUAAACGAUCCUUUUAUGUCCUGGGAAUCGACAUGAGCAAAGCUUUUGAUAGCAUCAACAGGUGUAAACUACUUAUCGUGUUAAAGAACAUUGUAGAUGAAGACAGUCUACGCAUGAAAAUCAACUUCUAUUAUCGGAAACUCAACUUCUUGUCAGAAUUGGCCCUAAGAAGUCUAGACUAUUUCCUACAAAUGUUGGAACCUCACAAGGGGACACACUAUAGCCUAUAUUAUUUAUCGUCUAUCUGA